GUCACUUGUGUGGACUGAGUAACAAUAUCUAAACGACAGCCAAACGGUCUUGCAGUAGUCCCAUGUGGCUUUGGCUCGACGAUACCGUGUGGAUAACCGUGUCCGGGCGCGAGCGAGUGCAGCUUUUUUUCUCUGUUCAUACCCCGCUGACCUUAUGUGUGUACACUGGUCGACAGCUUUAAUAUAAUAGUAUAAACACAAAAAUAUUAUUGUUCAUCGCAAAUGAAUGUGAAAAAAUUGUACAGCCAAAUGAAAUUUCGGAAAACGAUCGAGUGCGACCGCCGGUAAAACCGUUAUAGGACUUACAUUUUCAUUGCCGUGGAAAUUUCGCAUGGGUUUACGGGUUGGCCAUUUCGGACGACCGGCAUCGAUAGUAUUGUUUUAUCGUGAUAAAAUGAACCGUCGACGAUAACAUGAAGUGGAUUUUAAUUGUUUAUAUAUUUAGCGUUUUAAUUCGAGACGGACGCGUUUCAGGUAGCCCGACCAAGAGAAAAAUUGACGAACAGCUAAAAACGUAUUUUGAAAGUGCUCCGCAAAAUGUGUUCGCUUCCGCCGGCCAAAGUGUCCUGUUACCGUGCCGAGUUAGGCAUCUAAACGAUAAAGUGGUCUCGUGGAUUCGAAUGCGGGAUUUGCACAUACUUACAUCUGGUCCAUUUUUAUUCACCAACGAUGGUCGUUUUGGAAUACAUCAUCCACUACGAGAAUCUGCAAUAUGGAAUUUGCAGAUUAAAGAUGUAUCACAGAGAGAUAUGGGAUCUUACGAGUGUCAAGUUAACACCGAACCGAAAAUUAAAUUUCUUGUUAACCUUACAGUGUUUGAAUCGGAUGUCAUGAUUGGCGAUAUGGGAGAAGCGCCUAUUGAUGACGGCGAACAAACUGAAGGAAAGACUUAUAACAACGAACCAUCAGAAAGGCGAAUGACGCCGGGCGGAUCGUUAACAUUCACAUGUGGCGUUCAUCAGACCAACCUGACUCGGGAAACUAUACAAUGGUAUCACAACGAUAAACCAAUUUUGAUACAAGGCCACAAAAGCAGCAUAAGUAUCGAGACGGAUAGAUCGCCAAACAAAAUAGUUAGUCGUCUAACACUGGCCAACGUUACUUACCCUGAUUCUGGUAAAUACACUUGCGUGUCAGGCUAUUGGACUUCUAGUUCAUUCACAUUACACGUUAUUCUAUCAGCCAAUGAAUUAACAUUACAAGAUGGCUUAACGGCAGAGGGAUCUUACCACAGUGGUUGUGCUAAGUUACUAUCAAUGGUCAUCGUUAAUUUCAUAAUUCGCUCAAACAACUGAUUUGAUUCAGUCAAAAAACUGCAAAUAGCUUUAAUUUUUAUAACUAUAAUCAUGUAUUUUUGUAAUUAAAAUAUUAUAAUUUGCAUUAAGUACGUACCAUUAAUUAUAUUAUAAUUAAAAUAUUUGUUCACUUUUAGGAUAUAAAAAAGUGUUACUUUUUAAUAAUAUUUAAUAAUAAACAUUCUGUUAAGAUAUUAUAAAAAACGCAAUCGAUUUUAUUGUGUAGAUGACGACUUCUAUUAUAAAAUAUUAUUGUUUUCAGAAAGUUAAUUCAAAGAAAAUAAAUAAGUGAUAAGAGUUGGAAGCAGGUUCAUGGUUGAACGUGCUAUAAAUAUCAAUAACAACAUAUUGAGUGGUUCACGGUAAAAUUAUCAUCCUGUAUGUUAUGAAGAUGACGAGAGGAGCGAGUAAAGAAACGACGAUGAAAGAUUUGUGGAUUGUGAGAAAUGGCUGGUCUGUCCUAUUUGCAUAGAAUGAAGUGAAGAAGAAAAAGAAGACUACAUUGUUAUUCCUAGGCGGUGUCAAAAUCAUGGCAUUACCAAAUGUGUUUUUUUAUCACAAUUCAAACUUUAGUAGCAUUUAGAAGAAAAUAUUUUAUCAGCCGCAUGACGGUUAUGAGUUAUACAUUGAGUUUUAUAUAAAAUACUUAAUUUAUCAAGUAAACAUUUUUUUUUUUAUUAAAUACAACUAUUUUCUUCGUCUAUUUUGUGUUUAAAAAAGAACACAUAUGAUAUCGUCUGUCAUUUCUCCUCUAAAACCGUCAAUAAACAAAUAUUUAUUUUUUAUUUAAUCAUUUAUAAUUGGGUUAUUUAUUACAAAUUUAUUUGUUAUUCAUUUAAAAUGUAUUGUUAUUUAUUAAUCUAAGAUACUUGUACAUAAAUAAUUUAUU